GGUUUACUUGCAUUUCUUUUCCUGCAAAACUUCUGCGAGAAGCUUUACUGUGCGUUUCCUGUGCGUGAACUGCAGCAUCAACUGGGGAACUCUAAAUCAAGUCUUUCGAAACCGAGAUCAGAGUCCUCUGAAGGAAGUUAGGGUUAGAGAUGAAAAGGGUUUUGAAUGUGUAAUGGAGGGGUUUUUUUUUUUUUUUUUUUUUUAAUGGGUCCUGACUUCAUUCCUCCCCCCUACCUCAUGCAAAGUUUGAGAAAAUGUCCGCAGAAGGAACAGGAAGUGUGAUUGGGAGUGAGGUGAUGCCUUUAGACUAUGGGGGUAUGGACUCAGAGAGUAGUCCGUCUCCAUCUAGUUCGGAGAAGACGGUGGAGGGGAUGAGAGAGGAUGAGGUGGUAGAGGUUGGGAGGAACGAGGUGGUAGGGGUUGAGGGAGAUAGCAUACCCAUUACGGUAGUAGAAGUAGAGGGUAGAGGGGAGAGGGAUUAUGAUGAAAAUGCAGAGAUAGUGGAGGAGGUGAAACAGUAUCGAUCUAAACUAAGGACCAAGGAUAGCCUAGGUCACUUAGUAGAAAAUUACGAAAUCUCGUCCCGAGUGCUAGUUAGGCCAGCUAGGGUAGAGGAGAGGGCGUGCUCUGCUCCUCGGGAUCAUUGGAUGCCCGUAUACUCCCAUUAUUUGUAUGCUGGCCUUAAGUUUCCAAUUCCGGAGUUGCUUGUGGGUUUACUAUUAGAUUACAACAUAGGGUUGACACAGUUGGCCCCCAACGCAAUGAGGGGAUGGAAGGAAAAAUUCUUUUUUGUGGAUGACACGGAGUGGGGUAAGGGGGAUGCUGAGGUGAGGGCGUUAGCCUCCUGGAAGGCCAAAAGGGCCAACCAGAAUAGUAGGUUUAGUUUAAAUGAGGAUGAGGAGGAAGAAGUGGGGAAGUUGGUGAGGAAGGGGGGAGAUGUGUUGAACAUCAUGGACCUCACCAGCGCAGCAUGCAUAGAGGCUGCUGAGCUCUAUGGGCCAAGCGCUCUGAGUGAAGUUGAAAUGGACCAGUUUUUGAACACUGUUGGAGGAGCGCCCAUCCCCAAGAAGCCAAGGAAGAAGUCAAAGACUUCAACCAAGAAAGUGGAUGAGGGGAGGACCGGGAAGGAGGUAGUGCCCGUGGCUUCAGCUGAGACGGAGGAGGAGGUGCCAGCGCUGAAGAGGAAGGACGUUGGAGGGGGGGCUGAGGUACGGGCUCCUGGUAAGGGAAAGGGCCCUGUUUCCCCGGUGGUGCCUCAGAGCAGCCUGUUCGAGGGAAAUAACAUAAUGGGGGCUAGGUGGUUCAUCAACAGCACCUUCCCCGAAGUGGACAAGCGCAACGCGCGGGAGGAAGCUCUGAGGUACGGGGGAGCAUCUGUUGUGAAGCAUGUUCUUGAGCGCGAGCUAGGUGAAUGGUCUAGCCCAGGAGUUCAGGGAGAGUAUAAAGGAGCGCGCACUCUUGCAGAGGCAGCGCAAGAACUGAAGCUGACGAAGGAGGCGUUCUUGGAGCUGAAGGGGAACGUGCAGACCUUGGUGCACAAUGGGAUGAAGGAGCACAUCAGCAACUUCAUCAGCUCCAGCUCAUUUGACAAUAUCGUCAACCUAUACCGGCUGCCUACUGCCAUCAUCGCGUUCACGGACUGCAGGAAGAAGGUGAAGGCAGAAUAUCCCGAAGUGGAUAUUACGAAGAUCACCUUCGGAGAGCAAGAAGAAGGAGUGGAGGAAGAUGGUGAGAGCAUGUCAGCAGACUUCCGCCCUCAGAUCAAACUGAGGUGGGAGGAUGAUGCAAAUGGACGUGCUAUUUUCCCUCCACAGUUCGACUUCGAGUUCGUGGCAGUGGAGGAAGAAGGGGCAGAGGUAGAGGAAGACGAGGUAGAGGCAGGAGUGGAGGGAGCUGAAGUGGAUGAGAGCCAACCAGUUCCAGAAGUGGAGAUUCAUCCAGUUCCCUCCGACGAUGAGCAGCCAAGACAGCUACCUCCUCCAUCUGAACAAGAGCCAGUGGAGCCACCUCCUCCAGCAGAGAACUAAUUUUAUUUUAUUUUUUAAUUUUUUGUAGAGACUUUUGAACAGUUUGUAAUACUUGUAUUACAUUAAAUGAAAUUAUAUAUUUGUUUAUGUUUGGUUUAUAUUUUUAUUAUUUUAUAUGAAUAAAAGAACUGAGUAUUU